GUUGCAGCGUUGCAUGAACUCAAUUUUAGUCGCGUGCGAAACAGAAAGUUUACACAAGUUCAACCGAAAAGCCUUACGGAAAUACAUAGUUAGGAAACGGGCAACAACAACAACAACAACCUUAUAAAAACGGCAAAAACUUGAACUCCAAAAAAAAAAAAAUUACCCGAAACGCAAUCGAAAUUGUUAAUUGAACUUUUAUUUAUUGACUUUAGCAAAAACGGUGUCAAGCGCGGCCUAGAAAAAGAAAUAAAACAAAACCCAAAACGACAAACGCCCAAAACAAAUUCCAAGCACGUUGCAGACGAAAUUACGCAAACAACGAUAUAAAACACACCAGCAACUGCUGCAACUACAACAGCAACAUCAACAUUAACUGGCAACAGCUGACGUUCAAUGAACGUUUCAGUUUCAGGUUACCCAGAUGCAGAUCUUGGCUAAUCCAGCCCAUCCGCCCAUGUAAAGUGCAACUCUAUCAAACAGAGAGAGAGAGAGAGAGAGAGCUUUUUCCUCCGUCAAUAACUGAACUUGAAAGUGAAAGUGAAAGAGAGCGGAGAAAUUGCGGAGAAAAGAGCUUGGUCAGAAAGAAAGACCGAAAGAAAGACCAUUACUUAAGCUGUUUUUCGCUUUUGCUGGAGUGCCCAAAAACAUCUCAGAGCAUCAGCCAAGGUCGUACGCUAGAGACAUGGAUAACCCCAAGGAUCAGUCGGAAAAGGUGUACGAGGUGAAGGCUCCUCAUGCCGGCGCUGAGGGUCACACCUUCCUCGUGAGUCCUGUGGAUCCCACACCGAUCCUGGCUCCCAUUCUGACUGCAGUGCCUGUGAUGAAACCCAGGGAAGAACCUCCUCCAAUGGAAAAAGCCAAGGCAGUGGAGUUUGAUGAUGAGCAACCCAGCUGCAGUUCUCAAGCUGUGGUGCCCAUAUCCUCAUCUCUGCCAUGCAAGCUGUUGCGGAUGCAUGCCCGGCGAUCUGCCCAAGCCCUGCUCCACCAAAUGGAAUCGCUGGACUCUCAGCUGGGCAGCAGCCAUGGCAGCACCUCGGAGGACACCUCGCCCAGUGCUCCACCAAUGUCGCCCACAGAUCAUCAAUUAGUCGAUGUCGGCAUGGGUUCUUCCAUCGGGGAUUCCGAGGAAUCUUCUGAGGAGGGUGACGAACUUAAGCCUCUGGCUGUGGAUAAUCACAUUAUGCACGACGUGGACUUGAAUGAGCGCCAGACUUCGCCACCGGCUGUCUUAAGUGAGGCCAACUUGGAGAAGUUCCGCAAGCACCAGAUGGAUAAUAUCUAUCUACAUCCAAACUUCACUAUGGAUGCUUCUCCACCGCCAGCGGUGGCUCCAGCUAAUUCACCUGUCAUGGAGGCCAAGAGAAACCAUCGUUCUUUCCUUUCAAUCAAGAAAGAAAAGGAAGUGGAGCAGCCGCAGGAGAAAGAGCAAGAGCAGACUCAUGUUAACCAGGAACAGGAUCAUGAACCCCAGGGACCCAAUGAGAUAGAUACUCUGGAUCCUUCUCUGAUUCCCAGCGAGGAACUGGCUGCUGAAAUCACCGAAGCCGUGGAGUUCUACUUCUCCAAUGAGAGUAUCCUGAAGGAUGCUUUCCUGCUAAAGCAUGUGCGGCGUAACAAGGAGGGCUACGUAAGCCUAAAGUUGGUGUCCAGUUUUAAGAGGGUUCGCCAGUUGACCAGGGAGUGGAAAGUCGUUGGCGAUGCAGUGCGUCGCAAGUCACGCAAGAUCGAGCUGAACGAUGUGGGCACCAAGGUGCGAAGAAUCGAGCCACUGCCAAGCUUCGAUGAAACCAUGCCAUCCCGCACCAUUGUGGCCUGUGAUCUGCCUAUGGACAAGCUGACCAUCGAAAAGGUCUCGGAUCUAUUCUCCCGAUGCGGUGAGAUUGCCCUGAUACGCAUCCUUAAGCCCGGAAUGACCAUACCCAUAGAUGUGCGUCAAUUUAUGAAUAAGUACCCAGAGCUUCAGCAAAAAGAAUGCGCUCUAGUGGAGUACCUGGAAUCCUCAUCCGCCAGGGAUGCCCGUCACCUGAGCGGUCCCUUCCAGGUGUAUGAGAUGGUGGCACCCAAGAAGAAGACCGGCAAGAAGGCUGCCGUCAUCCAGAUCGCUGCCCCGGUUGCCCGAAUGGUGGAGAACUAUCGCUACUACAACGAUGCAAACUACGAGAGGAGUCGAGGUGGCAGCUUCUCUGGCCACGAAACUGUUCCAGAUCUUCGCUUCAAGCUGAAGCGUAACAACUCGGAUUUCCAGCCGAGUUACUACCAGCAAACGGGACCCAACUACCAUGUCAAUCCGUAUCAGCAUUAUCAGCCACGCGGGAGCAUUACCAAUCAGAACCAGGAGAUGGGUCCCUCGGGGUUUUACGGCUAUGGUCCCAGGCGAUACAGCAACACAUCGACGAUUUCGGCCAACACGGCGGCUGCUUUGGGCGAUGGUUCACCUAUAUCUUCUGCUGUCAAUGCAGGCGGUAAUCAAGUAUCUCCUAUAAGCAAUCUACAACGUCGCCUCUCCAACUGCUCUGAGCAGAACUUUACACCCGAAGCCAAUCCUUCGAUGUCGCGCAGGGCUAGCAAUUGCUCGGAAUCCGGAGGUGUUCCACAACGUCGUGAUUCUAACUGUUCCGAGAGUUGCCCAUGCUCCAGAAGGGUUUCAGACUUUGGCCAGACCACGGACACCAGUUACAGGAAGACCUCUGUGUGCUCCAACGGCAGUUGUCCGGGCAAUCAAAACCAGGAGCGUCGCUUCUCUAACGGUUCCAUGCAAUUCGAGAGGACCUUCUCGAAUGCCAGCGAGAGCAGUGGCUUCUAUCGUCGUCCUUCGAAUGAUUUCAAUAUAGAAAGGGAGCCCAUCCAAACCGAUCAGAUGGUUGGCGGAGGCGGAGGUGGUUACCAGGUGUGGCCACGUCGUUAUUCCAACAACUUCCAGCAACUGAGCAGCAAGCUGGCGGCCUACGAUAAUGCUCAAUAUAUUGGAGGAAGGCGCAUUUCCACGGAUUCGGGUUACGAUCGUCGUUGCUCCUUUGGAUCGGAAUUUGAAGGAUCUCCACGGUCACGUACUGGAAGUUUCUUGAGUAACUACAAGCAUGGAGGAGAUGGCUAUGAUGGUCAGCCAAGAUCGCGAACCGGAAGCUUCCUGGAUGGAUCUCCACGAUCGCGUUCCGGAUCCUUUGCGCAACGAGCGGCCGAGAGUCUGGUGCGGACUCCAAUGGGUCCAGAUGGUAGCAAGGGUUUCGGUCAGAGGGCCAGGAAAUUCGGACAAGCCAUAUCACCCGUGAACUAGGGGGGAGAUUCAAGAAAGUACAUAGAACGGGGGACAUUUUGUUGAUUAAUUUUAGUGGGAAGAUGAAAAAAGAAAAACUGUUAUAUAGAACCCCGUUUAGGACGGGGUCAACGUAUGUGAAAUUAAUGGCUGUACACUGUGAUGCUGUCCAACUUGUUAAACACGUCCCACACGUACACCCCCAACAACCUUAGCCCAACCUAGGUUAGGAACAGAUACCUAUAGUUAUUGAAUUUUUAUCACCGAAAGCUAUGAGUGUUCAUGAUGGUUGAUGUGGAAGUUUGCUAGCUCUCAAUUUAUUUUUUUAACCAUUCUUUAACGAAAUCACUGCCAAUAGUUUAAGGGAAACAAAAACAUAAAUAAUUGGUUUGGUAGACAUUUAAGAUUUUACUUAUUCAAAUAAUCAAUAUAUAUGAUUGACCAUUAACCAGUUAAUAGAUAUUAGGAUCUUAAAAAAUUGUUUGUAUUUGAGAAGAAAAUGUAGAAGUAGAAUACGGGCUAAACUAUUAUCACAAAGUCUCAAAUGACUUCUAUGAAUGCCUAGGUAUCUACCUUAUAUAGCUGCUAUAUCCUUAUGAGUUCUUAAUAACUUACUACAGACAGUUUUAGUAUUCUUUUAUUGCCUAUAAACACUUUUAAUUAGCAUGCAAUUAGGUUAGUUAUAGGAUAGUCACACCCAUUAAUCAAAUGGCUGCCAUAAAAAUCAGUUAUAUAGAAAAGUGGCCAUACUUAACCCGAUGUGAGUAAAACGGAUGUAAUUGGAAGCAAGAAAGAAAUUUGAUUAGAUUCUCAGGUCAUUAGGUUUAACAUUCGGAGGGCAAGCAAAAUUCGAUUUCCACAUUUUCCAACUUACUCUACUCAUAGUUUUCAGCACUUUUUAUUUUGAUUUGUUUUUUGAUUUCAACACUUUUAUUCAAUUACAACUUAGUUAGUCUAAUAAUUACAUAUUUAGUUGUAGGAAACUUGGUUGUCCUCCCGUGGAAAAAAGAACGGAGGAAACAGCAAAACGGAUUAUUACAGGAGAGAAUAAAAAUAUUUUUCAUUUUUAGCUUUUAAUUUCGAUUUCUUACAGAAGCCCUAAUCUGUAGAUGCAAUAAAUUAUAUUAUGCGUGUUAACCAUAAAUAAAAUUAUUACAAAAAAAUCUGUAAAGGGUGAAUUAUUAUUAUUAUUAUUAUUGUAAUUAACCAACAAUGGUGAACUUGAAAUGGAGCUUAGCUAACAAAUUUGCUGUCUUUUUGCCAAAUCAUUUAACGAAUCUUGCGCAAUGUGGCUGCCCGAAAUUGAAAGCGAAAUUCGCGCCACUCGAGAACCGAAGGUAACUAGGCCAACGAAAUAGCCACAAAAAAUCGCCAAAAUAUAUAUAUAUAUUC